AUGGCCCUAACUCGGAAGCCAGGCUUUUGUCGUGAUUGGGAUCUGCUUCCUGUUCGCGCCUUCCCACCUGUCACGAUCAACGGUUAUCCUGAGUCACACUACCGCUUCUUGCGCUUGGCCUCUGGAGGAUGGAUUGGGAUAUCCUUUGAAGACCGCGACCGCAUAGUACGCGUGGAACAUGCUCCUCAGAUGACUAUCACCGACUUUGGAGGCCUCGUUGGUAUACGUCAUCUGAAUAUCGCACGCUUUCUGGGGCUGUACUUUAACAGAAACUCGACUGAUAUUGUCUAUGAGCACACUGAUCUGGACCUCCUUGAUAUCUGCCCACUCGCUUCCGAGGCGGAAGUUGCGAGCGUGAUUGCGCAGGUGCUGUCCGCAAUCAUGUAUCUUCGCUCAUUGGCCGUAGACGUUCGUAUCUCGAGCAUUCGUGUCUCCAUGUUCGGUCUUGUCAAGUUAAUUCUCGACUUUCACCAUCGACCGACAACCGAUAUUAUCUAUAGAAAGAAUAUGUACCGAUUCAUGGUGUCCUAUGUGGAACAAAUGAUGAAGGUGUCGAGCCCUCGCGCACAUGUCUGGACAUAUGACGCCGCCGAGUUUCUUGACAUUCUCUACGCCAGGGAGUUGCCUCCUUCCAGCCACCCGUUCUUAUCCAAGUCACGAGGGCCGGCAGCUCUGCGAGGUCCUGCGCAGGUCGUUAUGCGUACUUUGAUGGCAACGAGACUUAACGAUAAAGAUUCCUAG